CAGUUGACACUUUAUCCUUUUUGGUUUUUAUUAAACAGCACUCCUCUGAUAAGAUUUAACAAACUGAGUGAGCAAACGGGUAAGUAAGGAAUUUAGCACACACUAUAAACAAAAAAAUGGUGAGGUUAGUUUUUAAAAAACUGUGAUUCUGCAUUCGUUGAAGUUCAAAAAUCUGGAUUGAUAAACGUAGUUGAAUAAGUCAAUAUAUCAUCUUAAAAACGUUUAAAAACUGACUUUUUGAGUACUAGCCACAUUUAUUAUCCUAACAGUGCUAGCCUUUAGUCGGAAUGGGUCAAGGGUUUUUUGUGGGUUGCUUGUAGUUUAACUCCAGGGGUGGCCAUGGUCAGCCAGGGGUGUGGAUACUUGGCCCAAGUUUAUAAUAAAGGGUUUCACAAAGGGGAUGAAACCCUCACUAUUUCUAGGACAAAAAAAUUAAUCAGUAUCGACCCAGUAUGGGGUAACAACCUCUUUUUCAGAACCCUGUUUAGUGCAAUCAUUGCUCACAGCUUUUUGACUCUAGGUUGUGACAUUACCGCAAAGGCAGAACACCUUAACCCUGGUGGGUCAGUGAAGGAUCGUGCUGCUCUGUACCUCAUUAAGGAAGCAGAAGAAAAAGGUUGGUAUUAAUUUUAAAAAGAAAAUAAAUUGAUACAGCGAAAACAUAAAAGCUGUUUUAUAAUAAGUUGAGUUAGUAGUUUCAAAAGCAAAUUAGAAAGGUCUUUCAUUCUGCACCAUGGGCAAGUCCAUGAUACUCUAAACAUGGAUUGUAAAUUUUAGUUGGGUUACCCCUAACUGGCAUUUGAAGAACCAAGCCCUGAAAGGCUGGCUGUGUAAGCAGGCAAGGUGAAGUGAAUCUUGUGUUCUGAUUUGGCUAUACCUGAGUGGGAAAGAUAGGCCUGUCUUACUUUGGUCAUGAAAUAAAAUUUUCUCUUGACCAUAUAAUAAAUCCUCAGAAUUGUCAUUUUUUCUGAUGGCUGGGUAUUGUCCUGGAUUUCAUUUUAUUCAGUUCAUAAAAACACCCAAAGUAAGAACUUGGCCAAUAUCCAGCCAUCUCAAAUGAAGAAGAUUGGUAAAAUAACACACAUAAUAUUUGCCUCCUAGUUCUGGCUCUGUUUUAUUUUCAGGACUUAUUAAACCUGGUGGGACAGUCAUUGAAGGAACAGCUGGCAACACAGGUCUGUAAAUAUGGAGUUUUUCAUUUGUUUUAUAAUUCCUUAACCCGUAAUGGAUGUUUAAUUGUUCAACUUAAUUUCUUUAGGGAUUGGACUUGCCCACAUAUGUCUUGCCAAAGGUUACAAAUGUGUUAUAUUUAUGCCAGACACACAAUCACAGGUAAGAGUUUUAAUGAACAGUAAGGUUGCUCUGUACCUAUGAAUAAGAUUGUGAAGUCCAGGUACAUUUUUGGCGCAAAAACUGCUAAGCAACUACCAAAUCUUAGUGCUAAAGGGUUAUUACUCAUGGAAGAGCUCGCUGAAUUAACCCUUUAAGCCCUAAUAUCAAAAUUCAAAUUCCCAUUUGUUGUCCCUAUACGUUUCCUAUAAAAGUGAUAGUGAGAAGUUGUUGAAGUAUCAACUCAUUGUGGCUUGUGUGAUUAUGUCCUUAAUUCUCAUCACCAAUCUGUUUGAUAAAACAUUGAUAUCACAAGGAGAAUCACUCUUAGGGCUUAAAGGGUUAAUAAACUAACCAAAUAAAUAACGUGAGGAUUUCUGCAAAUUUCUUUUGUUUUUGUUUGUAGGAAAAAAUAGAAGUGCUUCAGACAUUAGGUGCUGAGGUUCAUGCUGUCCCUGCCGUGCCGUUUGAUGAUCAAAUGAACUACAAUCAUCAGGUUACAAUGACAUUUCAACCCUAGCAUUUCUAGCCUCCCACACAGACAUUCUUUUGGCUCGCCAUGCAAUCCUCUAAGGAACCCCUGAGAAAAUCUGCAUUGGAGGCUAUAGCAUUUCACUGAUGCAAUGACCAGUAAUGUUUCUGCCUUCUUUAAUUUGGUAAUAUUAAUAAAAUAGGCAAGAUAAUAAUAAUAAUAAUAAUAAUAAUAAUAAUAAUAAUAAUAAUAAUAAUAAUAAUAAUAAUAAUAAUAACAUUGUGAGAUGGAUCUCUUCUAGUACACAUCUAGCAGCUCUGUAAGGUUCAUCUUCAAAAGUCUUCUAUUGUAGACACCCAUUCUGGCUUAGGCCAGUAAAUGUUUUGAUGCAUGUCAUGGGAAAAGUCUACAAAUUAAGAUGCUCUUGUUAAAUCAUUAUCAAAACCAUAAAUUAAAACAAGACAAAGGCAAGUGGAUUGAGCUUAUCACUUGCAAAAUGUUUUAUGCUUGAAUCAUCAGUGGCACAAAGAAAAGCAAACUUUGAUUAAAUUCUAAGUUUGUUUGUUUGUUUGUUUGUUUUUUCAGGCAAGACGUUAUGCUGAGAGCACUGAGAAUGCAAUCUGGACAAAUCAAGUGAUUCAACAUAAAGAUAGUUUAGUAAAUACAGUUGACUUCCGAUAACUCGAACCUUCUCAUAUGUUUAUAACAUGGUUUGAGUUGUUGAGGGUUCAAGUUACCGAGAGUAAAGUUACGGGAAAUGCAUGAAGGAAAUCCAGGGGAAACUGACUUUGGUUUGAGUUACCGCAAAGUUCGAGUCAGCGAGGGUUCAAGUUAUCAGGAGUCAACUGUACAAUCAACCCUCUCUAAGUGGAUACCUCUACAUGACAGUGUAUAAACAGACUGUUAAUUUGAAAAUUGUAAAAGCAACGCUGUUAUUUUAAGAGUCUUAACCAACGUUUUGACUAUGCUGCGUUCUUUAGGGUAAGACGGUUAAGACUCUUAAGAUAACAGUGUCACUUUUACAAUUUUCAAAUUAACAUUAAGUAAAUACGCUGAGCAGGAUUUUCAAUCUGUAAGACGGACCGACCUCUCUAAAACAGAUGACAAGCAGACACUUGCUGCUGAAGCUGACAAUGUUCAUCUUGAUGGGAGUUAUUUGUCUUGUAGUCAAGAGAGCAACAAUGCUGGGGCGAUGUUGUCAACAGAGAACUGUAGUAGUGCAUCAACAAGAUACUAUACUACAUAGGGUCUUGUAGCUCCUGUGUAUGGUCACUUCUUUGACAUGUAAGUGAAGGACAGUAUGACAUUUUAUGUCCAGUGAUUAAAGCUCUUUAUCUCCACUGGAAUAAAGGGGAGAUCCAGUGUAAGGCCUCCUAUUUUUGACCAAAAUCAUGCCUGUAGGUUUGAGGAGCAAAAGUAUCCAGUUUAAGCCGGACAGUGACCCCGCCCCUCUUAAAUGAAGGAUCUACCACUAGACUGGAUUGUAGUGAGUUACGACAUGAUCACUAUUGAUUUUAAUUUCUUCCUCAUCAGUUUGACAAUAUAUCCAAUAGAAGAGCACAUUUUGAAACAACAGGACCAGAAAUAUGGCAGCAGACAGAGGGGAGAGUGGAUGCUGUGACAUUUUCUACGGGAACAGGGGGAACAAUAGCAGGUAAACAACAAACACAGCGGCCCCUCCUAACAACAACAGUGUUAAAGAUAACAACCCUUUUCUUGCCGAACAAAAAAUCCCAGGCAUUUACUUAUUCAACUACAGUUGAAACUCUCUACAACGGCCACCUUGGGGGCAGAAGAAAGUAGGCCUUGUAGAGAGGUUUAAACAAGAGUCAGUGAAUGGACUGCACUGCUGUCAACUCUCCCGGAUAAUCCGGGAGAGUCCAGAUUUUGGACCGUAUCUCCCGGUCUCCAGCUUAGAGUCUGAUAUCGUCCGGAUAAUCGCCAAAGUUGCUAUUUCUUGUAGACUCAACUUUCCGACCAUAAAAUUUCAAAUAUUUUGCGUUGUUUGAGCUACUGUUAACACAGAACGUCUUGUCAUAAAUUCUAGUGUGCCACUGUAAUUUGAGCAAUAAUCUGAUAAUGUGGCUAAAUAUAAACGGUUAUGUGCUAUAUACGUCGAUGGAAACCAACGAGCAUUUUUGGUACAAAUGACGUCAUUUGUAGUACGAUAUUACGUAAUCUAUCAAUCCUUCCCUAUCAAUUCUCAAUAUUUGAUGACGUGGGGGGUUGAAAGCCCUGGGAUUGUGCACCUAAAAAUUGGCCGUUGUAGAGAGGUGGUCGUUAGUGGAGAUUUGACUAUAUCUCGUUAAUACAACCACCCAAUUAUCACUAUCAUCCGAGGUCCUGAGUCGUUAUCUUCUUCACAAUUUUACCUCAUUAAUAUGACCAGCCGAAUGCCUUGUGAGUGAUCGAUUGGUUGACAAGUGAGAGAAACUAUCAGUCUGACACUAAAACAAUAACGAUGUGUAUUUAAAGUCGUUAGAAGUCCGUAAUUGAGCUUCCAAGUAAUUAAUAUCCUGUCCAAGCAGAUUGAUAGUUAGAAUUUGCAGGGCAAGGGCAGUACCUUCUUCCUGAGUUAUUGUUAGACCCGGAAUCAAGAGACGUCUUGCUCCACAGACCAGCACCUUUCCUUCCGAGUUACGCCUGCCAUGGUUAUCGCUCUCAUUCCUUUGUUACACAUUGGAAAUAUUACUCAAUAUUUUCAUUUCAAAAUGUUCCCCUUAUUUUCUAAACUGUCAGGUCAUUUUUCUUUUGUUGUUAGGUGUGGGAUCAUACCUUAAAUCAAAGAACCCAAAUAUUAAGGUUGUUCUAGCAGAUCCCGAGGUAAUCCAGCAGUGCUGUUGUUGAUGUAAUACUUGCAUCGUUUUAUUUGAACAAUGUUGAGUAAUACAGCUCACUGGGAAAUGUGUUACGUGAGCAUGUAGAAAUCCCAUUAGGACUUUCGGAAUCAUGAAUACACUUAAAAUGAGAGAAGACAUUGGUCAAGCAUCACGGUUACCGCUAACGUGGUAUCUUUGCCAUUUGCUGUAAACGUGGUGCUUUUAGAAAAUCUCUCUAACGUAACUCACGAGAAAAGCGAUGAUUUCAUUGACUCAGGAAAUCUUCCUGGACAAAAAACUAUACAGUACCUCUUCAUCUUUGGCUUGCCAGUUUACUCAGCUACCAAGUUAUUCUUUUUAUAUCUUCUAACGCCCUUAAUUGAGACACAACCUAAACAUUUUUUGUUGCACUGUUGACAAUGCACCUUAAAGAUUUUUAUCAUAUGUUUUUAUUCAUAAUAGGGGAGUGUUCUGUACAAUUAUUUCAAAUAUGGAGAGCUGAAAAGAAGUGAUGGCAGCUCCAUUACGGAAGGUAACCAUUGUUGGAGUUGAGUCGUGGCUUCACCCUACCCUGGCUGUUUGAUUAUCGGGGAAGUAACAAAAUUUAGGGGGUGUAAUCCCUGAGGGUGGUGGGGUACGCCCUAUCGUGGCCUAUACGCUUGUCUUUGUCCUCUGUUUCCAAGCUCUCCGCUACACAGGCGGGGUGGGGAAGGGAGGAGAGUGUUCAUAGCUUCUGCUACCCCACUCCCCCCCUCCCCUCCCCCGCUUGCAGUCGACUGGUUCGUGAGCAACCCGUCUUGGACUGACUGAGUCGCAAACACCUUUCUCACAAAGCAGGAAGAAAUGUACCGUUCACUUCAAUUUUCACCUUUAUUUCAGGUAUCGGUCAGGGUCGAGUCACGAGCAAUUUACAAGGAGCUCCAAUUGAUAAUGCUGUGUUUGUUUCUGAUAAGGAAGCUGUAGAAAUGGUAAAACUGUUAUUUCUAUUCCCGCGAACUUAUGUUAAGCGUGUUCGUACGGUAUAGAGAACGAAUUGAUAUUUGGAAAUGUUGCAUUUUGGUGGAGAGUGGAAAACCGGAAUACCGGGGGAAACUCUCGGAGAAAGGGCUAGGACCAUUAACUUAUCAUCCGGCCCACAUAUGUCACUGAUCACCCUUGGAUACGAACUAGGGCGGAGUGGCUAAAAAUGGUUGGAAGUGUGUGCUCUAACCACCAAGGUACCCACGCAUGUACUUCCUUUUCAAUUGGGAAAUUACUGCAACAGCCCCAGUUUUGUUUCGCUGAUGAUAUAAGUAACUUAAAGUUUAAAGAGGCCAAAUGAAGUGAGAAAGUUUCUGUGAAUUGAAGUACUUUUGUAAACGUACCUUACGUAUUAUGUUUCUCCAAACAGAGUUCUUAUUUUCUUUCUGUUGAAUACAGACAUUCUUUUUACUUCAUGAAGAGGGAUUUUUCGUAGGAGCAUCGUCUGGAUUGAAUGUUGCGGCUGCAGUCAAGGUAUUCAAUCACUGAUUCUUCAACAAUAAUGAAUAACAAUUACAGAGAAUGUUACAGAAAGAACAAUACAAAACAAAGGAGGAUAAGUGAACUCGAGUGCGAGUGUUUCAUCCGGAUUUCAAACACGACACGAGAGUCAGUAAUCCCGAUAUUGAGAUGCAUCUAGAUUUUGGAAUUACCCCAAUUUCCACGCGCUUAUGAACCAGAGUAUCAUUUCAUCAGCGCAUGGUACUUUGAUUUUAUGGUUUUAUAUACGUCUUCUUUUUUUUUUUCACAGGUUGCAGAGCUGCUAGGCCCUGGUCACGUGAUUACCACAUGCCUGUGUGACACGGGUCAGGUAAGUUGUUGUGAAUUCAUGUGUUAAUUUUAGUCACAUCAUCUUCUCGCCGUCUUAACGAUUCUCAUUUGGUUUCUGGCAGAAAUAUUUCCGCCGUCUCUUCAGUAGGAACUGGAUGGAGUCUAAAGGUCAGUCAAGUUCCAAAACAAAAAUCGCUUUUAUGCUGACUCGAUUUUCUUCAAUUCCUCUAGCAUAACUUUAUAGGGAUUUAAUUGCUUUUUUUCUUAAUCCUGUUUUCUGUGUGUUAUUUCUUUAUCUUCAACAGGCCUUAUAGAUGUUAUUCCGGAAAAGUACCGCCAUUCUUUACAUUGA